CUGUGAUUAUGGCACUUGGGCUCUCGAAAUGGCUUCCGAUUAUCCCAAUUCUCAUUUUAUCGGUGUCGACGUCACCCCAAUUUUUCCUUCCGCUGUGACCAAACCCAAUGUACGAUUCUUACAAUGUAAUGUGUUAGAUGGUCUACCAUUCGAUUCUAACACGUUCGAUUUCGUUCUUGUUCGACUUUUUGGAAACACUUUUACCGAAAGAGAUUGGGAGGAUAAAAUUAUUAAUGAAAUCGUAAGAUUAACUAAACCAGGUGGUCCGGUUGGAAGUUGGGGUCACCGAGCUGGUGAAUUGGGUGCAUCUUACGCUCGUCAACUUUCUGGAAAAGUGAAGCCAUGGGUAAUUUCUUAUCUAGACAUUACUGAGGAAGAGUAUAACGAAAUGAUGAUCAAAGCAGAACAAGAGUUCAAUAUUCAUAGGACCUAUGCAUCAACGCAUAGGUAUGUUGGUCAAAAAAUUAUUUCCUCUUAA